CCUACUUCCUUUUUGCUUGCGACUGCCAAUUGAAGCGCAACCUACACGUGAAUUCUCUUCGGCGAAUCUACAAAAUUCAACAAUAACCAUGGACAAACCAGUUGUUUGGGCUCGCGUGAUGAAAGUUCUCGGCCGCACCGGUUCUCAGGGCCAGUGUACACAGGUCAAAGUGGAGUUCCUUGGCGAGCAGAACCGUCAGAUUAUCCGCAACGUGAAGGGACCCGUCCGCGAGGGCGACAUCCUCACCCUUUUGGAGUCUGAACGUGAAGCCAGAAGACUUCGCUAAGAAAGCACCGCCGCCGGAUGUUGUGGAGUGCUUGAUAUAUUUCUUUAAAGAUGCUUUUUCUCACAUUGCUUGCACGAGGCGUGCGACUCCACAACAACGCGUCAAUUGCACCAAAACUAGUAGCAAACAAAAUGAAUCGGCCAAAAUUCGCAACAAAUGUGGAAAUGUGUUCUAAAUAAAUAAAUUUCGAGUAUUCCAGUGCUGAGAAAAAAAAACCAAACUGUUUUGCAUUUGGAUUUAUUUAUACUUUUUUUGUUUUUGUUUUGUGUUUUGUGAAAAUGAAAAUCCGGCUACAUGUCCAAAGCCAAAGAGAGGGCUGGAGCCAGCCACAUCGUGAUCACAAAAGGUCACCCAAAAUGUGCCUAGCUUUAAAUACUUGGCUAUAGAAAAUUCAAUCUGGCAUGACCUCGACGGUCUUGCCCCGAAAGACGUGUAUGGAGGCCGGCCCACCCCUGGGAUGAUUUAUUCAACUAAUGGUUAUUCGUAUGAAAAUAUAUUUGAUUGACUGGCGUAAA